AUGGAGAGGGAAGAUAAAGAAAAAAAGUCUUUUAAAGAACAAAUUCAAAAAUACCAUAAAUCAAAAAGAGCACGUUCAAAAUCACCCUCUCCAAUUUCAGAACCUUUACGUUCUCGUUCAAGUUCACCUCUCAAUCGACAUCGAAAGAGAAAUGGUCAUAGUAGUUCAAAUUCAAAGACAGCGCAUGAAAGUGAGCAUCAACGACACAAGGAACGUGAUAAAGAACGCGACGAUCGCAAACAUAAAUUAAAAAAGAAGAAAGAAGGUAAACGGGGGAGAACGCGUAUACGCUCGUAUUCGGCCUCCUCUUCGUCUUCUCAUGAUUCUUUAGAAAGACAUCAUCACUCUAAGAAGAGACGGAAGCGCUCGCCUUCUAUUUCCUCCAGUUGCUCUUCCUCUGCCAGUGACACAGAUUCUUGUUCGGAACACCGGAAAGAUGAUGAUAAAAUUAAAGACAAAGAUGAGAUGAUAAGCGAAUGGCAACAGAAACUCGGGGAAUGGAAAGAAAAAUUGAAAAACCAAGAGGAAUUAAGAAUAGCAUCUAGACUGCGUCCUGCAAAUGAAUCUAACAAUAACAAUGAUGAUAAAUAUGAAGCUGAGCAGUCAGUGAUACGUGAAGUGGUAGAUCCAGUGGAUGGACGUAUUAGAUUAAUUAAGGGUUCAGGGGAAGUAAUUGAACGUAUUGUAUCCAGGGAUGAACAUAAAAGAAUCAAUAAACAGGCUACAAUGGGUGAUGCUUUACGAUAUCAUAUCAAGUGGACAAAAAACAAUUUAAACGUUUGA